UCUUUCACUCUCUCUUCUCUUCACUACCAAGGAGCUUUAGAGAGAAUUCAUAAAACAAGGCUAUAUAUAAACAUUGGAAGUGUCUAAAUAUUGAGUGAAUUGGCACAAGGAUUUAUUUUGUCAGUAUCCCAAAAAGAAAACUAGGCUUGUCCUUGACCACCAGGCAAAAGUACAUUUUCCAAGUCACAGAACUCUCAACCUCAGCAACCAGAAUGGAGCUUCAGAAGAUGAAUGGACAUAGCAAAAGUGAUGGGUUUGAUGGGCUGGAUGCCCCAGAUGAACAGCAGGAGUUUCUCCCUCAUAAAAGUGGCGCCAAGAAAGAAAGCCACUUUACAGAUUUCAAGGGAAAGACUUCGUUUGGCAUGUCUGUCUUUAACCUCAGUAACGCCAUAAUGGGCAGUGGAAUUCUGGGACUGGCUUUUGCAAUGUCCAACACAGGAAUUAUUCUUUUUGUAAUCCUGUUGGUGUUAAUUACCAUUUUGUCUGCAUAUUCCAUUCACCUCCUACUGAAAAGUGCUGGAGUUGUUGGCAUCCGGGCUUAUGAGCAGCUAGGGAAUCGGGCUUUUGGCACCCCAGGAAAAAUAGUGGCUGCUUGCGUCAUUACCAUGCACAACAUUGGAGCAAUGUCCAGCUACCUCUUCAUCGUCAAGUCGGAGCUCCCUCUGGUUAUUCAAGCUUUCCUUGGUCAAACUGAAAACACGGGAGAGUGGUUCUUGAAUGGAAACUACUUGAUCAUCAUUGUUAGCAUUUUCAUCAUCCUUCCUCUGGCAAUAAUGAAACAACUCGGUUACCUGGGCUAUACAAGUGGCUUCUCCCUCUCCUGCAUGGUGUUCUUCCUCAUUUCCGUGAUCUACAAAAAAUUCAAAAUUCCGUGUCCACUAGAUGAUACACAUCAUAACCUAACGUUUAUAAUGCAAGACUAUCAUGCCAUGAAUGGGACGGAUGACUUGUGUGAAGUCAAGCUAGUUACGGUCAACUCACAGACAGUAUACACCAUCCCAAUUAUGGCCUUUGCUUUUGUCUGCCACCCAGAGGUGUUACCAAUCUACACUGAGUUACGAGAUGCCACUAAAAAACGCAUGCAGAAUGUUGCCAACAUCUCCGUCCUGGCCAUGUUUCUCAUGUACCUGCUGACCGCUAUCUUUGGCUACCUUACCUUUUUUGGUGCUGUGGAGUCUGAGUUGUUGCACACCUACAGUCGCGUGGACCCCCUGGAUGUCCUGACUCUCUGUGUUCGUUUGGCCGUGCUGGUGGCUGUCACUCUGACGGUCCCUGUGGUUCUCUUCCCUAUCCGUAGGGCUUUGAUCCAGAUUGUGUGUCCUGACAAGCCUUUCCACUGGUUUAGACACAUCGGCAUUGCAAUUUGUCUCAUCUUCUUUGUCAACCUACUUGUUAUCUUUGUACCCUCCAUCCGUGACAUAUUUGGCCUCAUCGGAGCCACAUCUGCCCCCAGCCUUAUCUUCAUCCUACCUGGAAUCUUCUACCUCCGGAUUGUUCCUGUAGACCAGGAACCGUUAUUGUCCAGACCCAAGAUUCAGGCUGCAUGCUUUGCUGCAUUAGGAUUCCUCUUUAUGGUCAUGAGUUUAUCUUUUAUCAUCACUGACUGGGUGACUGGAGAGUCUCGAAGCGGAGGUGGCCACUAGCUGCUGUGAUUGAACAGAGAUACUAUGAAAAGAAUGACAGCCAAAGCACCCCCUAUCCUUAAAUUACCCCUGAUCCAAAGCCAAACAGGAACAUUUGGCUGCACAAGACAAAGGAUAUGUGAAGAACCUUUGCCUGAAACCAAAAACAAGGAAACAUUUUGACGUGAUGUGGCAGACAAAAGGUCCGGUAACAGAAGAAAGGCCAUAGAUGUGUGACAAUACAUAAUAAUGUGUGCUGUGCUGUCUGCACAAAACCUACAGUAUGUCAUGCCUGUGUCAGUAAGGAGCAUAAAGGAUGAACGGGACCAGCAUUACUCAAAUGGAAAUCUCAGUUUUAGUGUAGUGAUGUGCACCGUUCCGUGAAAUAGCUUGGUCACUGCAACAGUGAAAUAGCUUGGUCACUGCAACAGUCCUUCCAAUCUAACAGAAAUUUGAUAAGGCAGUUUUCUCCUUUUUUCUAGGGAUUUGCUUUGUGUAAAACAAAAUCAGAUAUUUAAAUUUUUUAAUUCAUCAUUGUACAUUUAAGGCUAUCACAUCUGCUGGUGCAGCUCCCUCCAGAUUUCUCUGAACUUAACAGAUUCAACAUCUGACCAACAAGUGUUACCCUGCUGCUCCACACUAACCAUUCCAUCCUAUCAAAAUAGUUUACAAUGACAUAGAAUUGAAUUAAUAUAUUUAAUGUGGUACUUUACUGAUAUAUUCUGGCACUAAGCAUAAGGUGAUCAUCAUCGAAGUGGAGGUGACCUUUAAAAAGUGAUCCAAAAGAUACAUUUUGUGAUGUUUUUGCUGCUAUUGCUGAAGGUCAACCAGACACUCACUGACCAAAUCUACAGGCACAGAGUUUACGUUUUUAUGUACUCUUGAAUACAUCUGCAGUUGCAAACCAAAGAACAUACAGUGGUGUGAAAAAGUGUUUGCCCCCUUACUGAUUUCUUAUCUU